AUGGCCGAAGACUCCGCUCUCGCCCCGAAGUUCGCGCCGUUCAUCGGAAUGGCCGGCAUCGCGGCUGCCAUGAUCUUCGGAUGCAUCGGCGCCGCAUACGGUACCGCGAAGUCUGGUAUUGGUAUCGCUGGUGUGGGAACCUUCAGACCUGACCUGAUCAUGAAGGCACGCCACCUUUGUCUGAUCCCCGUCGUCAUGUCCGGUAUCAUUGCUGUCUACUCCCUCGUCAUCUCCGUCCUCAUCGCCCAAGAUCUCUCGCCCCCUGGCACGGGAAGCGAAUACAGCUUGUUCAACGGUUUCAUGCACCUUGCUUGCGGUGUUUCUGUCGGUUUCACCGGCCUCGCUGCUGGAUACACAAUCGGUGUUGUCGGCGACAAGGGUGUGCGCUCGUACAUGGAGCAGUCCCGCGUCUUCGUCGGCAUGGUCCUGAUUCUCAUUUUCGGCGAAGUCCUGGGUCUUUACGGUCUCAUCGUCGCCCUGAUCUUGAACACCAAGUCCAAGGGCUAA